CCUCACCUCUACACUUUCGACAAUGUCCAGCCAACCUCUGCUCCAAACCGCUCCGGGCAAGCGAAUUGCCCUCCCAACCCGAGUCGAGCCCAAAGUCUUCUUCGCAAACGAGCGCACCUUCCUCUCAUGGCUGAACUUCACUGUCAUCCUGGGCGGCCUCGCCGUCGGUCUCCUCAACUUCGGCGAUCGCAUCGGUCGCAUCUCCGCAGGUCUCUUCACUAUCAUCGCCAUGGGCGCAAUGAUCUACGCUCUAGUGACAUUCCACUGGCGCGCGCAGAGUAUCCGUCGGCGUGGGCAGAGCGGUAUCGAUGAUCGAUUCGGUCCUACCAUCCUCGCCAUUGCCCUGCUCGCUGCUGUCGUUGUUAACUUUAUCCUGCGGAUUCGGGAUGGGCAGAUGAACUAG